AUGGCCGCCGGUGCGGAUGUCAAUGUUCGGGACGGGUCGAAUGGGUACUCCCCGCUAGAUUGUUCCGUCCGGAGUGAUGGCAUGGACCUCACGCGCCAGGUGUUGCAGCGCGGCGCGAUUGCAACGGAGUCAUCUUCAGAUGGAUGCACAGCGUUGCAUUGGGCGGGAUGGAACAUGAACGCAUCCGCCAUUGACCUCCUGGUAGGAGCCGGCGCCAACCUGGAGGCAAAGAUUGCAGCCGACGCCGAGGCCACUCCUCUCCAUCUCGCUGCGCGGCAGGCCGGGAAUGCAGCUGUGAUCGAGGCCCUUGCAAGGCACGGUGCCGAUGUUCAUGCUCAAGAAACUCCUUCGGGGAACACACCUUUGCAUGUCGCUGCUCAAAACUGCACCACCGAAUCUUCCUGGGAGACGGUGGACGCGCUGUUGAAGGCCGGGGCCGACGAGACUAGAUUGGAUUGUCAAGGCCAGACUCCCCUAGAUGUUCUCGAAGCCAGGAUUGCUGCUGGCGAUCUCAUGGGUGCGUCGGUGAACGAGGCCGAGCGUACCCGGAGCGUUCUCGUUAAUGCCCCGAAGGACAGGGCGCAGAGGGCUUGGAGUCGACGAUCUUUCUUCGUCAUGUGUCGCGCUCACCCCGACAGGGUGCGGCUGACUGUUGUCGACGAUACUACAACUAGCCCCCGUGCGAAGAAGACUAUGGCAGCAGCAGCUACAGCGGUUGGUAGCGGGCGGCGGGGGGCCAACCGGGACAGUGCGGAUAAUUUCCAACGCGCGAUGAGGAGCUUGAUACGGCUGAAGGAGGAUGGACUAUUCCGGAAGAUCGUGGCGUUCCUGUGAACGAUGAUAUCACAGGUGAGAGUGGCACCUUGACGUUUCACAAGCGUUCCCCGCCCCUACUCGAUUGUGGAGCGGUCACCUCUCUUCGGCGCCCUCGCCUUCUUACAGUAUGUGUUUGCUCUCGCACACAACCAACAUUGUAGUUUGAUAGCUACAUCCAAAGAUUCACGUCCAAGUUACCGAAAUACAGUUUAGUUUUAGGGCCGUUUUUUGCAGCAGCUCUUUCGCUUCCAAAUUUCCCUGCUUCCAAAGCCGUAGACCGUUGAACCUCGAUUUGCGGCCGAGGGAAAAGUUGGAAGUUUGGAAGAAUUGGAACUACUGAUGACACCGAACAAUUUGGAACGAGUUCAUUUGGAAAUCUGGGAAGUCAGAAGUUGGAAAUUUGGUAAUUUGACGUUAUUGAUAAAGCGGCCCUUACAUGGCCUGCAACCACCUGAUCCUCGCGCAACAUGAGUUGUUGCCUCGCUACACUUUAGGCAACAGGUUCAACAAGACAGCUUUGCGGCCAUCUUUUGUAUCGGGUUGCUUCUGUGUGGGUGGGGAGCGACAGAAGACGGAGUGUGGAUGUAUAUUCGUGUGGUUGUGCCUCUGUCUUGAUUUAGCCAACACCUUGGUGUGUUUUCGGCUGGAUGGCCUUGGGGUGAUCCGUUGUACAGUUACUUAGCUUGGUAAAGUUCGUCUUUUGUUCGCGGGGAUCUUCGAGUCAAAACCACAUGAGCUGUGUGAGCUGUUGAGAGUCCUCACAAAUCACAACCUGCAGCUGGCACCCGACUGUGGGCUGGUCCUGCUGCCUGCUUUGGCUCGUCUUUCCUCGCCCCUUGGCGGAUGACGCUGCUGUGCUCUCAUUGGCCCACUCCGGAGGGACCCCUUGUAUUUUCGUAGAGAUGCUGUUCGUCUCUCCUAUGCAGCAAGUACACCCGCGCACCCACGUCUUGCGUGCUUUCCUCUCUUGAGUUUUUGCUAUGGUCUCCUGGAGUUGUUUCGUAGGAACACCCGUCCACUGUCGCCGCACCUGUAUCUCAACACGCUUUACCAGAACUAGACUAGUAAACUUGUACUGCAGCUUCUCAUCAACCACGUUUCACGAUGCGCGAAAUGCAAGUUGUACGCCGAGUGCGGUAUGUGUUGACUUUGGCAUUGUCUAUUGCGACUCCGUUCGUACGAGGUGCUUGUUGUGCACCCUCCAUGUAGGAACGCGUUCUUCAAGCAGCGUCGCCGCUAGAUCAUUCUGUACCGGUUGCGCUUGGUGUGAUAAACCCUUAGCAUCGCUGCUGUUUCUUUUGGCGGGGCUCAUACGCGUGUGUGGGUGUUGUUGAAGCCAGCACGGUGAGAAUUUCGUUUCUCCUCUUCUCUGGCUGUGCCCUGACCACAAGCCCAGGUCAAGGGUGUAGACAUGUUGCCUUUUCUGUCCACGCGCCUCUCCGCUGCUCAUGUACCCGAUCAACAACCAGGGGCGUUAAUUGAUUCUCCUCAUUUGUGCUUGUGUGCAUGUGUUGACAUUCUGGUGCAGAGUGUCGGCCGAUCGGCUGGGAUACGUGUCACGUGGGCAAGAGCACGGACGCCUGCCGCCGCGAUGUCGGUCUUUCCAACGGCGGCA